AUGAAGUGCGUUGAGCGGCUUAGCGCGCGCGCAAGCGAUCUCGCCAGCGCGACUGAUCCACGAUAUGCAAGUGAUAUGCACGGCGGGCAGCGCGCCGAGGGCGCGGUGGUAGCUAUCGUAAAGCGGCGUCGCAAAGCUGUGCAAGGGCGCGCGAGCGAGGGCCGCGCGUUUACUCUCUGUGUCCCUGCCUCUUGGCGCGCUCCGCGGUAUGGAGUCACCGCACACGGGUACACUGCGCUCUGCACUUCGGUCCCUCCCUCUGCGUGUCUCUCACUCACGUCGCUCCCGCGUGUCCGCGAUCCAUCUGGCAAGCCUAUGUACCGCCAAGUCCUCGAGCGGCUCGUAAACGAUACGCAUCUCUCCCGCUCUCGUCUCUUGUUACUCGUCCGCUCGCCGCGCGCGCUCAGGCGGUUCGAGUGGACUAAGGUCUGGCGCUAG